CCAGUCCACAGCUGAGGGAUACCGAGGUAGGCUUGCCCGUUGCUAGUCAGUUAGCCUCGUUAGCUGACUCCAGCAAUCCUGGCAGCCGUGUAUUUUCCGCACUAAAAAAAGAGAAAAUUACCCCAGUGAUUUGCACUACCAGACAUGGAGAGGAUGCAGCGCACACGAUCGUCUUCUGUAUCCCCUUCUAUCGUCAGCUUCUGUUUAGACGUCAAUGUCAUAGUUUGUAGCUAGAGCUGUCCAGUUAGCUCAGCUAGCUUGUGUCUGGCCAACGCAGGGCCAAGGCCAAGGCCAGCCGAGAAAAGGCAGGCCGUCGGCAUCCACUAGGCGAUAGCUUUGUAGGUGGAGGAGAAGAAGUGGAGUUGGACAUCACCUUUUGGAUCAGAGCUCCUUUCAAAUUCGCCUCCGCCUUCAUCUGCGUCGCUGUCACCUUCAGCUGACUAUGUCUUCGUCAGGCUGCUGUCACCUACCUGGCUCCCUUUGUGAUUAUUCUGGCACUGCUGAAUCCGAUGCCUCCAAGGAUUCAGAGGAGACUGACUCCACCGCGCAGGCCCAGUACAUUGCCAAGGUUACGGCUAAAGAUGGCCGCCCACUUUCCACCGUGGUCAAAGCGGUGAGCUCACAGAGUGACGUGGGUAUGUGUCGGAUUUGUCACGAGGGAGCUGGAGGGGAGACGCUGCUCUCGCCCUGCGACUGCACUGGUACUCUGGGUAAAGUGCAUAAAAGCUGCUUGGAGAAGUGGCUGUCAUCCUCCAACACCAGCUACUGUGAACUUUGUCACACCGAGUUCACUAUUGAAAGGCGACCACAGCCACUCACUCAGUGGCUGAAGGACCCGGGGCCUCGCAGUGAGAAGCGCACUCUGCUCUGCGACAUGGCCUGCUUCCUUCUUAUCACACCCCUGGCAGCUAUCUCCGGUUGGCUGUGUCUGAGGGGUGCACAGGACCACCUGCAGCUGAAGAGCAGACUUGAAGCUGUUGGCCUUAUUGCCCUCACCAUCGCCCUCUUCACUAUCUACAUCCUCUGGACACUGGUGUCAUUUCGGUAUCACUGUCAGUUGUACUCGGAGUGGAGGAGGACCAAUCAGAAAGUGCGCCUGCUAAUGCCCGACAUGAAAGGGGCACACACUACCCAACGCUCAGUGCCAACCAAGUCGACCAAGAAAAUGACUGACGAGACCAUCGUAUGAGUGCUGAGCAGGGGCAAGUGGAAUAUUUAAAAUAGAGCCCGCUGAAGCACUCUCUAAAAACAAAUUUAAUCAUAUUAAUGAACUUUUGCACUUCAUAUGGACCAUUCUGAGGGAAGAACUGCUUUUUUUUCCUCCCCCCUUCUGUUUUCUUUAUUAAAGCACUUGAUGUAAACUACUAUGGUAUUGGCUAGCCACAAAAGUGGUUUUGAACUUUUUGAACUCAUUCAGGAGUCCUUGUUGAUGAAAACAAACUUGUCAUCAGUGCCAGGAUGCGAAUGCCUGGACACAUGGAUAAUGAACUAAUCAGCCGGACUUCAAGUCAUUGUCACAAACUUAUGAAAUACUAAGACACAAGCUAAUGUAGCAGGAUAUAACUGAUUCAGCAUGCUACUACAGUAUAAUAUGAAACAUAUUCACUACCUAUAAUUCCCCCAAGCCCCUUCACUACGUAUUUAGCUGUUUUGGAACAAUGGGCAAGCAGUAGCCCGGCGGAGGAUAAUAAUCUAAAAAAAAAUGUUUGACAAAGUCUCUGUGAAUAAUCUUUUCUUUUGUUCUCCUUUUGACAAGUAGGGGGCGACAUUCGCUCAUACCACUGUCCUUGUCUAUAAUCUGAACCCUUCUUCAUUUUUCCAGGAAAAGCUUUUUUUCUUUGUUCUUUUUUUUCCAUUGCUGUCUGAAGAGUGGAAACCAAAUCACUUUCCUGUUGAUGCAGGUCUCGUGUAUUAAUCACACUUGUCACGGGGACCAGUGGGCAUUGUAGUAUAUGGGAUAACACUAACUCCAGCUGGUGGAUGGCAGUGCAGUAACAUACAGGACACGAGUGUUGAAGGUGUGGAAACAUGUUUACAUUUUAAUCGGAUUAUGUUUCUUCUACUGUCAUAAAAGUGCAUUAGCAAACAGCCCUGCUCCACUUGUAAAUGCACCAUUCAUCAAUUGAGCUGCCUAGCAACGACCAGUAGUAAUGUCUUACAUCAUAAGUGAUGCAAUUUUAAAAAGAGCAGAAUACAGCUUUGGGAAACGUAAAAACACAGGUGUAUCAGAGCAAACUGGUGCUUCGUAAAGGUCCAAAAAGGCAAACGUGUUCUGAGAUGUCAAACGAUAUAUGCAGCAUCUGUUAGACAAAGUAUUUUGUGUUAUUGUAGUCUUCCUGCUGCAAUCCCCUGGAAAAUUGGGUUAUUGUGCAAUAAAACAUGAGGGACUCCUGGACUCGGAUGUGGGUGAUCUUUGUGCUCUUUUCUUUUUCUUAUUCCACAGAGAAGAUGACUGAAUAAACUGUGAGUUGUACCAUAA